AUUUAUUAGGCAAGUCAUGAAAUUUUGAAAAUCAAGGGCAAAGUGGGGGAAGAAAGUUGAAUUUGAUUUGAUUUUUCGUGCAACGCUCGCAAAAAGCAAACGCAAAAACGAAGGCUUUUGCUUUUGCUAUUGCUAUUGCUACUGCUGUGUUUGUGAGAGGCAUCAAUGGAGGUAGAGGAUGAUGACUGGGACUUGACCGCAGAAGAACUCGAUUCUCUUGAACGCGACGCUUUCCAGAAAAUUGCUCAACUUCGCGACUCUUCUACCCCUCCUUCUUCUCAACAACUCAAUCUGCACCAACACCAACACCAACAACACCAUUUUCCAAAACCACCUUCUGCCAACCAUUCCCAACCCUUCCCACCAAACCCCAUUUCCGAUUCCCGUCCUCAAAGGGUGGACGCUUUGCCUCAAGGAGGUAGAGCAUUACACCCCUCAUUGAAACCAGGGACAAAAAAGGAUGAACCUUCUAAAGAACUGCCGAAGUUUUCUGUCAAAUUUUUUCUUCAUUCCAGUGGGCAUGUUGCAGCGAAAUUCCAAUAUGACCAGGUAAUAAUUUCUGCUUUUCGAAGAAUCCCUAAAGCUUCUUGGAAUGCAAAAGAAAGGUUAUGGAUGUUCCCACUUUCUUCCUUGUCAGACGCAGAGAAGGUUCUAGGAGAAAUAUCUAAUUAUAAAGUUCAGGUGGAGAACUUAGAUCCUUUAGUGCACCGUGCCAUUGUUUCUGCAUCCGCUGUUCCAGAUCUUCGAGAUCGUUACGACAAGAUCCCUAAUUACAUUGAAUCAAAGCUUUUACCAUUUCAGAGAGAAGGUGUAAGGUUUAUUCUACAACAUGGAGGACGUGCUCUUUUGGCAGAUGAAAUGGGACUAGGAAAAACUUUGCAGGCCAUUGCUGUAGCUUCAUGCAUUCAGGAGUCAUGGCCUGUUCUCAUAGUUGCACCAUCAUCAUUGCGCCUGCAAUGGGCUUCUAUGAUUCAACAAUGGCUGAAUCUUCCUUCUUCAGAUAUACUUAUCGUCUUACCUCAAAGUGGUGGAUCAAAUAGAGGAGGCUUCAAUAUAGUAUCCCCAAGUGCCAAAAGCAACAUUCGUUUGGAUGGACUCUUCAACAUUAUCUCAUAUGAUUUGGUGCCAAAGCUACAGAAUAUACUCACAACAUUGGACUUUAAGGUUGUGAUUGCAGAUGAAUCACACUAUCUGAAGAAUGCUCAGGCAAAGAGGACUACUGCAACUCUUCCAGUUAUAAAGAAAGCUCAAUACGCAAUAUUGCUUAGUGGAACUCCUGCUUUAUCUCGACCAAUAGAACUGUUCAAGCAGCUGGAAGCUUUGUAUCCUGGCGUAUAUAAGAAUGUUCAUGAAUAUGGUAACCGAUAUUGCAAGGGUGGAGUUUUUGGAGUUUAUCAAGGGGCAAGUAAUCAUGAAGAAUUACACAAUUUGAUGAAGGCAACAGUGAUGAUACGAAGGCUUAAAAAAGAUGUUCUUUCUCAACUUCCUGUAAAGCGUAGGCAACAAGUCUUCUUAGACUUAGCUGACAAGGACAUGAAGCAAAUUAACGCUUUAUUCCGUGAGUUAGAGGUGGUAAAAGCCAAAAUUAAGUCUGCCAAAUCAAAAGAUGAGGCUGAAUCUCUUAAGUUUACUCAAAAGAAUCUGAUUAACAAGGUUUGCAUGGAAGAAGUUCUGAACAUAAUCAUGACUUGUACAAUUUGUUUGGAAGCAGGUUGCAAGUUUCUUAUAUUUGCACAUCAUCAGCCAAUGAUAGAUGCAAUACAUGAGUUCCUUCUUAGGAAAAAAGUGGGUUGCAUCCGGAUUGAUGGAGGUACACCCGCUGCAUCAAGGCAACCAUUGGUUACAGAUUUCCAGGAAAAGGAUUCUAUCAAGGCAGCUGUGUUAUCCAUUAAAGCUGGAGGAGUUGGAUUAACUUUAACUGCUGCAAGCACAGUUAUCUUUGCAGAACUAUCCUGGACUCCAGGUGACCUAAUUCAGGCCGAAGAUCGUGCUCAUCGAAUUGGCCAGGUUUCUUCAGUAAAUAUAUACUACUUGCUGGCAAAUGAUACGGUUGAUGACAUCAUAUGGGAUGUGGUGCAAUCCAAACUGGAUAAUUUGGGGCAGAUGUUAGAUGGCCAUGAGAAUACCUUAGCUGUGUCAAAUAAUCAACCAUUGAGUAGCCCUGCAAAGCAUACUACUGUUGAGCAUAGCCCUUCAAAGCAGAGAACUCUUGACCAGUUUGUCAGAAGAUGUGAUAAUGUGGAUAGAUCAGAACAUCAGCCUGACCCAAAACGGCCCCGUCAGUCAUGACAUGUGAGAUACCCCAAGUGGAUUUCCAUUUUUGCAAAUAUGUGGCCGGUGGCAAGUUUCCCUGUAGUAUUAACCACAUGUGCUUACAUGGGGAAUUACACCUUUGAUGACACAAAUGCCUUUUGAAGCUGAAAUUCAUUGUACAACAAAUAAUAGAUUUUGAGUAGAACUGACUACACUAAACUAUGUUGCUUAUGCUGGAGAUAAUGGUUUGGUUAUGUGAAAUAUGUAUUGGAAGAAAAUGUUGGUAAAGUCACCCAUUAGAUUUUAGGUUUCCACUUUUUGUUCUUAACUUUUUGCUCCCCUAUGUUUCGUUUUAGUUUGGGGCUCUGUACAGUGUAGUACAUUAUCAUAUAUGAAUGAGACUUGUAAAUUUCUUUACUCCA